AUGACUUUUUCUACAUUCUUAGUUUUCCUCUUUUUCAUUCAUACUGCUUUUCAGACACUGGGCAAUGAAAUCUUUUUAAUAUACAAUGAGGACAGUAAGCACUGUAUAAUUGCUAAGAGUUCUCAUGCAGUCACAACAGCUGCUUGCCAAAAAAACAGUGUGUUACAAAAAUUCAAGUGGGUAUCUGAUCACCAGGUGAUGAGUGUGGCAUUUGCGCAAUGUUUGGGAGUGCCCUCUAAGCAAGACCAGGCCAAAAUUUCUUUAUACCCUUGCAACAAGAAAAGCGAGUUCCAAAAAUGGGACUGCAGAAAUGCGACCUUGGCAAUCCCAGGGGAAGAUUUGUUUCUCAGUGCUGGCAAAAGAAAAGAAGACAAUAUUGUGCUGGACACAGAAUCAGGAACAAUGAAUAAAUGGAAGAUCUAUGAAACCAUGGGUGACUUGUGUUCUGAAGGCCAUGAAGAUCUGUUUACACUGCUAGGAAAUGCCAAUGGAGCGCCGUGCACCUUCCCUUUCAAGCUGAGUGGUAAAUGGUACGCGGAGUGCACAAACGCUGGCAGGUCGGAUGGCUUGCUCUGGUGUGCAACAACCCCUGACUUCGACUCAGACCAUAUGUAUGGGCUCUGUCCAUCUGACAACAGUGGCAAUGGCAGAUUUUGGACUACAGAUCCUUUGACAGGAACCUGCUACCAGACAAACUUCCAGGCAGCUCUCACAUGGCACCAAGCAAGGAAGAGCUGCCAGCAGCAGAAUGCAGAAUUAUUAAGCGUCACAGAGAUACAUGAACAAAUGUAUCUGAGAGAUUUGAUUGACAGCAAGAGAUCCUCUCUCUGGAUUGGGCUUAACAGUUUGAAUCUCAACAGCGGCUGGCAAUGGAGCGGUGGCUUUCCUUUCAGAUACUUAAGCUGGGCUCCAGGAAGCCCUUCUCCUGAGCCUGAAAAACUUUGUGCAGUACUAAAUCCCAGAAGAGGUGCUCAAUGGGAAAACCAGCAGUGCGAACAAAAAAUUGGCUAUAUCUGUAAAAAGGAAAACUCCACACGGGAUCCUUUCUUUCCUCCCUCAGGGGGCGCACAGCCUGUUGCAUGCCCAGAAGGAUGGUUGCCCUAUGCAGAUCACUGUUACGUGGUUCACAGAGAACCCAGAGCAUGGAAAGAAGCUUUGAUUUCCUGCAAAGAGAGCAAUGGCAGCCUGGCCAGUAUUCACAGCACUGAAGAGCAUGGCUUUAUACUGUCUCAGCUUGGGUACAAAGCUACUGAUGAGCUGUGGAUUGGUCUGAAUGACCUCAACACUCAAAUGUAUUUUGAAUGGAGCGAUGGGACUCCUGUCACAUAUACCAGAUGGUUGCGUGGAGAACCAAGCCAUGCAACCAAUGGGCAAGAAGAUUGUGCUAUUAUGGCAGGAAAGGAUGGGUACUGGGCAGACAGUGCCUGUGAUAGAAAGUUAGGUUACAUCUGCAGAAGACAGGCACUGCAAGGAGUUUCUGGGACAGUGAAGACUGAUCCUGCCUGCCAGAAGGGCUGGGAAAGACAUGGUUUUUACUGCUAUCUAGUUGGGCAUACCUCUGUAACAUUUCUGGAGGCAAAGAAAGCCUGUGAAAGGAGCAAUGCUUAUUUAACAAGCGUAGGAGACAGAUAUGAGCAAGCGUACCUGACUAGUCUUGUUGGUCUGAGUCCUGAGAAAUAUUUUUGGAUUGGUCUCUCAGAUAUGAAAGAGCAAGGGGUGUUCACGUGGGCUGAUGGUGAAGCUGUUCUGUACACAAACUGGAACUCUGCAAUGCCUGGGAAGAGAAGAGGUUGCGUCGUCCUGAGGACUGGAAGCACAGCUGGACUAUGGGAUGUUCAGAACUGCAAAGUGAAGGCAAAAUUUCUCUGCAAAAAACUAGCUGAAAAAAUGAGUCUUCCUCUUGCUCCUGAAACAAUUUCGGAUUCCAAAUGUCCUUUGGGUUGGAAUACAGACAAUAGCACUAAUUCAUGCUUCAAAAUUUUUGUGAGAGAAGGAAACCAAAAGAAAACAUGGUUUGAAGCCCGAGAUUUUUGCAGAGAAAUAGGAGGAGAUCUGGCUGCCAUUAAAAAUGAAGAAGAGCAAAGACUGAUAGAAAAUUUAAUAAUAAACAAAUCCCCAUCAUUUCGGCCUUUCUGGAUAGGUUUACACUGUUUGGAUCCUGACGGUGGGCUUUCCUGGAGUGAUGGAUCACCGGUGAAUUACAGGGAAACAAGUUAUUUUGACAAUAUUGGAUUUGAGUAUUGUGGAACAAUCAAUGAAGAGUCAUCCAUGGCAUGGAUUAACAUGCACUGUGAAUACAGUCAUGACUGGAUUUGUGAAAUAAAGAAAGGAGCACCCUUGAAAUCAGAACCUGCAAGCCCUUCUGCCAUGUAUGAAGUCACUGAAGAUGGCUGGGUUAUAAACGGGAACAAACAAUAUUUUUUCAGCACAGAAAGUACCUCUAUGGAAAAAGCCAGAAAGUUCUGCAAAAACAAUUAUGGAGACCUUGUUACUAUUGGAAAUAAUAAUGAAAGAAAAUUUUUGUGGAAAUACAUCUUAAAAAGUGGCAAACUGGAAUCAUACCUCAUCGGAUUACUUCAGGAUGUUGAUCAACAGUUUAGUUGGGCAGAUGGAAGCCCAGUUCACUAUGCAGCUUGGGCACCAGAUGAGCCCAACUUUGCAGCUGCUGAAGAAAACUGCGUGGUCUUAAAUAAAAAAGAUGGCUUGUGGAAUGAUAUCCACUGUGGUUUUUCAAAUGGCUUUAUCUGUGAGAGGCGCAGGAGUUUUAUAAAUGCAACACUUGCUCCAAUGGUACCUCCACCUCCAGGAGGAUGUCCUAAAGAUUGGCUUUUAUUCAAAAAUCAGUGUUACAAGAUUUUUGGCUCUGCCUAUGUAUAUUGGAGAACUGCACAUAGAGCUUGUAUGAGCCUUGGAGGAAACCUGGCUAGCAUACAUGAUGAACAAGUACAAGCUUUUCUCACUUACCAUUUGAAGGAUGUGUCAAGUGAUCCCUGGAUUGGCUUGAAUGAUAUACUCAGUGAACUCAACUUUGUUUGGACUGAUGGAAGUGCUGUUUCCUAUACAAACUGGGCUCAAGAUUGCCCCAAACUUGCAGAACCUAUUUUGUUUCCCAGCCUACAUCCAGAAGAUGGCCACAAUCGGCAACAGUUUGACUGUGUUUCUCUGAAGAAAGGUCAUGCUGAUGAUACAGGAAAAUGGAAUGAUGAAGUAUGUUACAACUCCAGAGGGUAUAUAUGCCAGAAGAACAGUGAUCCUAAACUCUUUAAGUCAUCAGCCACACUGCUGGAUUUUGCUUCUGCCCAUUCUGAUGGAGUUAGUUAUUCUGUCAUCCAUUCCAAAAUGAAUUGGGAAGAAGCACAAAGAUCCUGUAAUAACAAAGCCUCAGAACUUGCCAGCAUUUUAGAUGUAUAUAGCCAGUCACUGUUGUUCUUACUCGCACAAGAAUAUGGAGAGCCUCUCUGGAUUGGUCUUAAUAGCAACAUGACCAAUGGCAAGUAUCAAUGGAUUGACAAAUGGAGAUUGGUUUACAGCAAGUGGUCCAGUGGGGAACCGAAACAGAAAUUAGCAUGUGUCUACCUAGACACUGAUGGCACCUGGAAGACAGCUUCAUGCAAGGAAGAAUUCUUUUCUCUCUGUAAAAAAUCUGAUGUAAUAGCCCCUACUGAGCCCCCAGAACUCCCUGGAAAAUGCCCUGAAUCAAAAGGACACAAAUCUUGGAUACCUUUCCAUGGUCACUGCUAUUACUUUGAAGCCUCCCGGAAAAGAAGCUGGUCUCAAGCUUAUCAGGAAUGUGCCCGACUGGCUGCUAACUUGGUAUCAAUAGGAGACUAUGCUGAAACAAACUUUCUGUCAGACAGCAUUAAGGUACUCCAUGGAAAAUCACCAAACUUUUGGAUAGGACUGAAGAAAAACGAUAGAGAGGAGUGGGUAUGGACAGACAAGACUGCAGUGGAUUUUGUCAACUGGAACAUGGCAGAGCCUUCAAACAACAGGAAUAAGCAGUGUGCAGAAAUAUGUGCGUUGUCUGGGUACUGGAACAGCAAUGUCUGUUCUUUCAAAAAAGGAUAUAUCUGUAAAAAACCAAAAACUACUGAAAACACAGUGAUGCUACCAGGAAAUAAAGGAGAGAAAAAGGAGAAAGUAUUUUCCAACAUCAUCAUUUGGCUGUUUGUUGUUCUAGUCCUUUCUGUUGCUGGAGCUGGAAGUACAGUUUAUUUCUACCUGAAGUUCAAGAAAAAACAAAACCAACUAGAUAUUUCAACGAGAAUGAAGGGACCAGCAGCAGCCGUGGAUAGCCAAGAACAAGAUGCAUUUACUGACAUGUAGUUUGACAAAAUACCUGUAUGUUCCACGUAGCAGAAAACAAUCUAUGUAACUGGAAUCAGUGAAAUCUUAGGCAGGCUUUGCUUUUUCCUGUACAAAUAACAGUCUUCUCGCUGCACAGAUAUAAAGUUCACAGAUUUAUAUAAACACAUACAAAUAUAUACUCCCAUCAAAAAUUGCCUCCCAAAGAGCUUCGGAGUAAAACUCUUAGAAAUUUUUACUAUGUACAAUUGUUGUAUUUAACUUAAUGUAGGGAUUCUUCCAUUUACAUACAGAGGAAAUCAUGUUACUCCUUAACGUUAAUUUUUCCUAUUGUAUUGCUUCAGAGUUAUCUAGACUGUGUCGGGAAACACAGAUGAUUUCAGAUUUUCAGAUUCAGUGUGUGAUAUCAUCUUUUCAUUCACGUAAAACCUACUCUAAUACCUGGAUCUGUGAAUUAAAUAUAUUUUCCUUACUGAAACAUAGAUGGGUAGAUAGAAAAAUAAUUCAAAAGACUUUCCUCUAUUCCUACUUCAAGUCUGAACUUGGGAAUAAUUAUGCCAA